UUAGUGACGAGUCAUUUCCUGACAAGAAGGUACAGAAAACUGAUUGAAAUUAGCAGAGUUCGCCUUAAAACUUGAACACUGCUCUAUGAUGACAGCCAUGAGCUUCCGUGACAGGAACGACAUUCUGAUGGAGAUCAUGAAGGACCGUCAGGAACAAGAACAUCUAGCGGAGCUACUGGAGGAGCGGAAACAGAAGUUGGAGCGUUUAGAAUGGCGUGAAGAUGAACUGCAAAAGGAUGCAAAGAAGGCCAAGGAUCUACUGUCAAGUAUUAAUACCUUUCCAAAGGAACAAGCCACUGAUGAAAACCUUAAAAAAGCAGAAAAGGAGAGGAAAGAAGCAAGUGAGAAAGAGACUGAGGUCAAGAUGCUAAAGGAGGAGUACGCCCAGCUGCAGCACAGGAAGCAGCAGCUCCUGCAUCGCAUGCACAGAGACACUGUGUAUAAGUACUUCAUGCAGCAGGUGGUGAAAAUAACACAGUGUGAAGAUGAGGCAUUUCUUGCAGGUCAUCUCGAGAGUCUUCUCCGCAUCCGCAAACAGCUCUGUGAGAAACAGACGCAAGCAGAGGAGCAGGUGGACCAGCAGAGGAAAACCCUGCUGACUUUUAACAGGGAGCACCACUUGAUGCUUCUGCACAACAGCAACCAGCUGUCACAGCUCCAGCACAAACUGGAGAGGGCCCAACCUGAAGUGGAACACUGGGAGACAAUGUGGAAACACAUCCAUGACACUGCAGCCAAGGAAACGCUCCUGCUAGGCUUGAUCAAGAUGGCGACGCUCAACCUCUAUGAGUUGACAGGCGGUGACGUGGAUGGAGAGAAAGGUGUGGCUCUGAGUGACACUGAGACACAACUGGACAAGAUCAAGAUGUUCAUCCAGGACCACAAAGACAUUGUCAAACUACAUCAAAGCAUUGCACACAAAACCAAAACAGAAAAGACUACUGUACCAUAAAAACAAUAGUCUAAUUUGACAUUGCAUCAAAGUUAUUAGGUAAGGUUACAUUUUCCCAAUACGGUUAAAUUUUCCCAAUCUAAAGUGAAAACAAUAUCCUUUCUGGUUGCUUUAUUGUACAAUAAAUGCAUUGUCAUACCAAUUUAAUUUAAAGAUGCAGACAUUCCGGUGGCACGUGUGUGUGUGUGGAGAG